CACUUCCGCCGCCGCAGUCGCCGCCCGCUGGGCUGCUGUCUGGAGGGGGAGGAGCUGGAGACCCGGGAGCAGUGGCUCUGGCGGUCGUGGCGGUCGUGGCGGUCGUGGCGGUCGUGGCGGUCGGAAGUCUACAGCUCAGCUCCUCUGAAGAGCGUGCUACUGUCUGGAUUGUUUCAGGCCAUCCACCAGCCAGCAGGAAAGGAUUGCCAGCCAGAGAAAGACAACCUCCGAAGUCCCAAUGCACAGAUCAGCCCCCAGUCAAAACACCAAGAGGAGCCGCUCACCAUUCUCUACCACUCGUCGUAGUUGGGACCACAGUGAAAGCUCGGGAACCAGCCUGAAUGUUGAUAAUGAGGACUAUUCCAGGUAUCCACCAAGAGAGUACAGGGCCUCAGGUAGCAGAAGAGGAAUGACCUAUGGACAUACUGACUCUUAUGGGCCAGAUGAUAGUGAGGAGGAGGGGGCUGGGCCUGUUGAGCGACCUCCAGUGAGAGGGAAAACUGGCAAGUUUAAAGAUGAUAAGCUGUAUGAUCCAGAGAAAGGGGCAAGGUCUUUGGUUGGGGCAUCUCCACAGUUCUCGAGUUUUAGCUGUGAUGCGAGGGGGGAGCUUGACAAGUUAGAUCCAGCCCCUGUAGCAAGAUGCUCUGGUAGCAGAGCUGAGUUUCUACAGCACAAUAGUGUGGCCUCACAGUCAUCCUCUGCUGAAGGCAAGGUGGCUACAAAUGGUGUCAGCUUGGAGAAGGAGAGAUGGGAGCAGAAUUUGCCUGCACAUCCCAGAAGGGCUCCUGUGAGUAUUUGUGGUGGUGGGGAAAACAACCCUAAGAAUGCAGAGGAACCAGUGGUAAGGCCUAAAAUUAGAAAUCUGACAAGUCCAAACUGUGUGAAACCAAAAAUAUUUUUUGACACUGAUGAUGAUGAUGAUAUGCCACACAGUACUUCCAGGUGGAGGGAUACCACCAAUGCUGAUGAAGGCCACUCAGAUGGCCUAACAAGAAGAGGCAGAGGUGAGAGUUCAAAUGGCUACUCUGAGCCCAAGUACCUUGAAGAUAAGAGGGAAUUGAGAAGUGACCCAGUGAAACCAGAAAAGAUGCCAAGACGGCGACGCACCAUGGCUGACCCUGACUUCUGGACGUACAGUGAUGAUUAUUACAAAUACUGUGAUGAAGAUUCUGACAGUGACAAAGAGUGGAUUGCUGCUCUUCAUCGUAAGUAUCGAAGUCGAGAGCAAACCCUGUCCUCCAGUGGUGAAAGCUGGGAAACUCUGCCAGCGAAAGAAGAGCAGGAACCUCAGCAAGCUAGGGUGAGUGCUGAUGCCAGUGUCAGUGCCAGUGCCAGCACUGGCACCAGUGCCGCUGUCAGUGCUGGUGCCAGUGCUGGCAACAAUGGCAGUAAUUAUCUUGAAGAAGUUCAUGAGCCAUCUCUUCAGGGAGAGGAGCAGGCAUCCCUGGAAGAAGGAGAAAUUCCUUGGCUCCAGUACAAUGAGAAUGAGAGUAGCAGUGAGGGGGAUAAUGAUUCUGGUCACGAGUUGAUGCAGCCUGGGGUAUUCAUGCUUGAUGGCAACAACAACCUCGAAGAUGACUCCAGUGUGAGUGAAGACCUAGAAGUAGAUUGGAGCCUCUUUGAUGGAUUUGCAGAUGGGUUAGGAGUGGCUGAAGCCAUUUCCUAUGUGGAUCCUCAGUUCCUCACUUACAUGGCACUAGAAGAACGCCUGGCCCAGGCAAUGGAAACUGCCCUUGCACACUUGGAGUCUCUUGCAGUGGAUGUAGAGGUUGCCAAUCCUCCAGCAAGCAAGGAGAGCAUCAACACUCUUCCUGAAAUCCUAGUCACUGAAGAUCAUGGUGCAGUUGGUCAGGAAAUGUGCUGCCCUAUCUGUUGCAGUGAAUAUGUGAAGGGGGAGGUAGCAACUGAGCUGCCAUGUCACCACUACUUCCAUAAGCCAUGUGUGUCCAUCUGGCUUCAGAAGUCAGGCACCUGCCCUGUGUGCCGCUGCAUGUUCCCUCCCCCACUCUGAAGACCAAGGCUGUUUACUCCUGGUCUGAUUAUUUUCCCCAUCUGAAAUCCACAAUACUGCAGGAGCCCUCUCAGAAUUAACAAUGGCAAUGAAACCUAUUGGCCACUUAGAAUAAACCUAUUGAUUCCUCAUGGUGAUUUCCAAUGUGAAAAUGGUUGUAUAUGAUUGCAUUAAAAAAUCAUUUCAGCUUCUAGAGGUUAAAAAGAAAACUAAACUUUCUAAAUGCUACUUGAGAUUUCAGUAAGAACAUACAUUUUCUAGCCUGAAAAUUGAAAUAAGUUGCAUUUGUUUUCUUCAGUAGAAUAUGUUGCUGUUAAUUGUAAUGUCACGUUUAUCUGUUAAACAUGUCCAAAAGGCAAAAUCAUUUUUGUUGCAUGUUAUGGGUUAAUGUUCCUGUAAUUGCAGUGCCGUAAAAGCUUAUUAAAAUUCUUUUGGUUUUACAUG